ACCGGCAUCAGAGAGCUAAGAGAGGAACAGUACCAAAGUUCAUAGCUAGUCUCUUUCAGUGCUCUUGUAAAAUUUUCUCAGUCCUUAAGAAGGGAACUAACAAAAAUCACUGAUAGUACAUAUGGGAAGGAGUCCUUGCUGCGCAAAAGAAGGGUUGAACAGAGGAGCCUGGACCGCCAUGGAAGAUAGAAUGCUCAAGGAAUACAUCGAAAUCCAUGGUGAAGGACAAUGGAGAAAUCUUCCCAAAAGAGCAGGCCUUAAGAGAUGUGGAAAGAGUUGCCGGUUAAGGUGGUUGAAUUAUCUCAGACCGGAUAUCAAGAGAGGAAACAUAACACAUGAUGAAGAGGAACUCAUUAUCAGACUUCACAAGCUCCUUGGAAACAGGUGGUCUCUAAUAGCAGGAAGGCUACCGGGGCGAACAGACAAUGAAAUCAAGAACUACUGGAACACCAAAAUCAGUAAAAAAAUACAGGCGACUGAGGCCUCCACCAGUGGCCAAAAUCGCCUGUCCGUUACUCCUCAACCAUUGAACCAGCCUAAUCCAAUGGUAAAACCUUCGUCAUCUGAAAAUUCAAUUGUCAUCCGAACCAAAGCCAGAAGGUGCACAAAAGUUGUCAUUACUAACCCUGCAGAAAGACCAGAACCACAAUUUUCCGAUCAUCAUCAUCAACCGGAUGAUCCAAUUAAGUCAUCGGAGUUUGUUUCCAAGGAGAACGAACCACUGUGUUCAAUCAUGGGUGAUCUUGAGGUGGAUGAAAGCUUCUUAGCAGAUUUUCUCGACAUUGAAUUUGGAAUGUUUUCAUCAUCAAAUCUGAAAAAUGGGAUUACAGGUGGAAAUAAUGGCACGAACUCGCCAGGCUCUGAUGAUCAUUCCGUCUUGUAUUCAGAUGACAUGUUGCAUGAGUUGUCGGACUUCUCACCCAUGGCUUGUUUAAUCGACACUGAAUCGGAUUGGCUUCAAAAUUAAGCAAUCGUUGAUCAGUUUAAAGUCAACGUUACGCGGUCUGCCGACAGAUGCGAUUAAUAAAUUUGAUAAAAAAAAAUGGUUAUGUAGUUAUUUUGUAUUACUAAAUUUCCUCUAGAAAGAUCUGGUCAAGAGCGUUGUCUUUUCUUCCAAAUUUUACCGAGUAUCUUCAUUUUUUAAGGUAAUAAAAAUUGAGGAUAUUA